GGCACCGUUCGGGCGCCGCAAUGUCGGCCGUCCUGGGUACCGUGGUAGGAACGUCGCUCGCCUUUUUCCGCGAUUUCCUAAGUGAAACGCGUAUCGCGCGCGCCCGCUCCGCCGUCCAGUGUCCCGUGCUAUGAACGCGUGAUCCGCACGUGACGAGGAUCCCACCGCCGUUUUGCAGCUCGCAGCUCGCGCCGCUCCUGAAGAUGGUUCCCGCGAGGCGAGUGGCAACGUCGUUGCUCGAUUCGCAGAUAUAUGUUAAGCAAAUUACUUAAAGGCAGAAAGACAAAAAAAAAAAGAUUGACGAACGGCAAGGUACAAAGCGCAAGAUGAAGAGGUGCAAAAGUCGCCUCGCGGGAUUAGGCUUUCAGGGCGGAGUCGGCCGUGAAAAAGUGAGCAUUAUCUGCGUCGGCUGUACCGAUUGACAAUCGGGACUCGACGAGACAUGAAACUCCUCACGCUGGCAGUGGCUGGUUAAGUUGACACCGGCAGUCGGCGAUCGGCAGUCGCGGCGAUCGUGUCGGCAGGCGCAUAAUUACCUACGUUAACGUCAAAAUUCCUCGUACCAUCCGGAGCAACCGCAACUCGAAACUCGGAUCAACUCUCGCUAGCACGAUCGGUUAAUCGUCUAGAAAUUUCUGCCGCGUACAAAUUCCGCAUGCAUACCGAGCAUACGUCAUAUAUAAUACUCCAGGUUUCCGCAUCUCGCGGAAAAAGUUAGUCGCGCCAUUAUCGAUGUACUCCGCACUCGACAAACAACGUUAAUCAUCACCUUCGGCGGAAUUGAUAUCUUGGUAAUCUAUCGAGAAUGCCACAUUGCUCGAUACUUGAUUCCUAACGACAUAUACAGAGUGUCGCGAAGAUAUUCAUUCGAAACGAGAAGAAGAUUCUGAUUUUCUGGUGCAAUUUGCAUGAUUGAACCGGUUGCCGGUAUUUCCUGUGAUCCUUUGGAAAAAAACCUUUGAAUUCGGUCCAUCGGGGCGCAGGUAUCAUCGGUCGACAGUGCAUUCCUUCUGACGGGUUUCUUCGAACGAUUUUAAAACUGGUCAAACUAGGCCAAAAGUCAGCUUACGGCUGGCUCGAGCGGAAUCUCGGUCGAUGACAAUUCGCGCACCGAUUGUCUUCGCGAAUUGGCGCUAUCUUAUCGGUGUCUCGAUAUCGCGCGAAGAAUAAACGGAAAGGAGAGGUAAGCGUGUGUGUUAGCGCGGCGCGCGGCCCUGGAAGUUACGCAACGCGGGCACGAUGAAGUCGAAGAUGAGCGAGAGUUUGAUAGCGAGUGAAAGCAAGGCGGGGAUGAAGGACAGUGCCGACCAGCACAAGCAAAAACAGUUGAAAAAAGGUAAAACGUUUUGCCAGUCUUGUAAGAAGAAAUGCAGUGGGGAGGUAUUGCGCGUACAAGACAAAUACUUUCACAUAGGGUGCUUCAAGUGCGCCCAGUGCAACGCCAGUUUGGCACAAGGUGGCUUCUUCGCACGCGAGGGUUCCUAUUACUGCACCAAGGAUUAUCGAGAGCGCUGGGGCACGCGAUGUGCUGGUUGCGGAGAAUACGUGGAGGGUGAUGUGGUGACAGCUGGCGAGAAGCACGCGUUUCACCCAAAUUGUUUCCAUUGCCAAAGAUGCCGGCAACCGUUGCUGGGACAGGGAACAAAAGUGUCCCUUGUUCAGGGUCAAGCGUUGUGUCAUCGAUGCGUCGGAAUCCCGGUUCGCGAGGCCUCCACGCCGAUCAGCAAUAGCGCCGGUACCAAAGGCGGCGGGCACGCCGACCCUGGUGCCUGCGCCGGUUGUGGAAACCAAUUGAGGGAAGGUCAGGCAUUGGUCGCGCUUGAUCGUCAAUGGCACGUUUGGUGCUUCAAGUGUCACAGCUGCGACAUUGUUCUUCAUGGGGAAUACAUGGGAAAAGACGGCGUGCCUUACUGCGAGAAGGACUACCAAAAGCAAUUCGGAGUAAAAUGCGCCUAUUGCAACCGUUAUAUUAGCGGCAAGGUUUUACAGGCCGGUGAUAACCAUCAUUUCCAUCCGACUUGUGCCCGUUGUACAAAAUGCGGCGACCCGUUUGGCGAUGGAGAAGAAAUGUAUCUACAGGGUGCCGCCAUAUGGCAUCCACGCUGCGGUCCAGGACCCACCGGACCCAAUGGUAUUGUGAACGGACACGGAGAUGCUCACACUCCGCAACAUCGGGAAUCAGAGCGGAUUUCCAGCAGCGCUUCGGAGAUGCAGUUUUCAUUGCGGUCACGCACGCCAAGCCUGAACGGAUCGCUGUGCAGCCCUUACAGCAGUCUCAGUCGCAAGUAUUAUCCCGCUCGUACUGGAAGUCCCGGCCUGAUCCUGAGAGAAUAUGGACGACCAGCGGAAGAUGUAUCUAGAAUUUAUACUUAUUCAUAUUUGACUGAAACGCCCAGUCAAGGAUAUUUGAGACGUCCGAUACAGCCGUAUGAUAAACCUCCCACCAGCCCGCAUUUCCAUAGACCUAGCUCAUCUCGUUCGAUAAGAAGCAGCGGUGGACGCAGCAGCAGAUCGGGAAUGAGAGCUUUAGUCGACGCCUUGAGCGACACCAGACCGAAAUCGCCAGCAAGCCAGGUGGAUAAUGACGAGCCGAUAGAACUGGCGCAUUAUCCGGACGCCAUGAAACCACCCCCGGGUGCUCAACCGCCAAUUGAGAGAGACGAUUUCCCCGCUCCGCCAUAUCCUUACACUGAUCCCGAGAGACGUAGACGAUGGUCCGACACAUAUAAGGGAGUACCUGUAUCUGAUGAUGAGGAUGACGUCGACAACAAAACGUAUAUCAAGGAGGCGGAGCAGAAAUUAAAAAAAGAGCAGGAUGAAUUGAGCAAGAUCGACACGGGAAUAGCUAAAGUAUUCCUGCAAGAUCGCGAAAAGGAUCGUGAGAAUUUGAGACAUAGAGCUGCGAAUGUUGAUCCUAGAAAUGCCUCGAGGACACCAUCUGCCGCGAGAGAACCAACGUAUCGAUUGCGUUACGAGAGCCCCGUUGGUGCAUCGCCUUCGCGAAAUAUCGAUCACGCACGGCCUUGGGAGGAUGACGAUGGAUUCAGCUACAGAUCCAGCGGGCCUAGCUACAACGUUGGGAGGUCAUCGGCGCGCUCCCCGGCUCCCAGAAACUAUCCACCCCUUGGUACUCAGCGCGCCUUCACUCUUCCAAACGCCACUAGGCACUAUCACUCGGGCGACUAUUCGUUCAGCGGGAUGGGCGACAAGACGCACAGCACUGAUUUCUCGUCUGGCAAGUCGGACAUAUCAACAGGCAGUAUCACGGAUGUGGAUCGACGGGCAUUGGUAUGUACCACAGCCCCAUACUACUCCCGGCGAAUUAGCAUGAAUGAUGGUGGUAUCCUUCCAUCGUCCACCACGUACACAGGUGGCCUAGGUUCGGUUGUUGGAGGCCACGUUGGAGGUCAUCAUGUAAGAAGAUCGCUGCCGGACAUGGGUGCUGCCCAUGUGCCAACCGAACCACCCAAGCUUUAUCCCUACCAUUUACUUGUGAUUACCAAUUAUAGGCUGCCAGCUGAUGUGGAUCGUUGCAAUCUCGAACGACAUCUUUCCGACGCGGAAUUCGAAGCUGUUCUUCAAUGCACACGAGCGGAAUUCUACAGACUGCCACAGUGGCGUCGCAAUGAUAUCAAAAGACGUGCUCGUCUCUUUUAAUUUACGCCACAUAGUUUUGCUUACGAUUCGCGUCGUGUCGCGAUUGCGUUACUGCGGUACUACGGACCGUACAUUCCUACUACGUGGGUAGAUGGAUCGCGGGGAAAAAAUGUGUUCGACAACCAUUGUGACGAUCUGCCGAUUGGCAUGCGCUCACAAAAUGCGAAAUCCUAGACUGGAGCGCAACAAAUACGCAGAUAUUAUACACACGCACGCACGCACACCACACACACACACACACACACACACACACACACACACACACACACACACACACACACACACACACACAAUAAUUGCGAAAGCACUGCCACUUGUCGUCAAUUUUUUUCUCGCAGCAACGAAUCCACAGGCAGCUUUAUCUAUGACCCGAUUUAGCGACGUAGUCAUUCUCGAGUUCUAUCCAUUCGGAAUUCCAUCGUAACUUGAUUUUACUCAUAUACAUUGACGAAUAUACAAUGACGGUUGGUAUUAACUUAUAAAAAAAAAGAUAAUCAAAUAAGAGAGGUUGCAAUUAAAACUCUUAAUACAAUUUACUAUUGUAAAUAAGAAGUUAAUCGAGAAAUCGAAAAAGCGGCGUGAAGAAGCAGCAAGGAAGUUUCAAAAUACAUAACCGCGUAUUCGCUAAAUCGCAUACACAUAUAUUAACUUUGUGGAAGAUUAUGACGCAAGGAAAAAAAUGCUACUAUGUAGGAUUUAUCAUUAUUAUUAAUUUUUAACUAUUAUUAAUAUUAAUAUUAUUAAUAUUAUUAAUAUUAUUAUAUUUUACUAUGUGCAAGAUGAAGAGUUAAGGAGUAGGGGAGCCUAGCUUGCUGAAUGGUGCAAGUACACUCGAUUUUGCGUGUGAUUGAUCACUUUUUAACUUACAACAAGGAUUAUUUUAUUUUAAAGUAGCUUACGCGCAAAUAUGAUGUCCUUGUGUAAGAAGAUAUAAAUUUAUCUUUAUCCCUUUAAUUAUCCUUGAUGUAAUAAUUAAAAAAAAACACUCUGCGGUGCGGAUUGCGAUAGACUUCUAUACUCACUUGAUCACUCUACAUUAGAGUACGAAUAAGAAGAUCAGGACCAAAUUUAUAGUUGUGGCGGAUUCAGCAGUAAUAUUGAAAGAAUGUUUUAUCACACUUUACAAAUAUACGGAUUUAUUGCUGUUUAUCUAAUCCAAUUUAUAGCAAUUCUUAUAAUAUUUUGGGAGUGGCAUAAGACAAAUUUUCAACAUUUUCCAACAAUUUGUAUCCAUCUACUUGGGUAGGUAGUGAUUUUUUAACUUUUUUAAAAGAAAACAUCGAAUGUAUUAAAAAAAAUUUAUAAAAUUUAUAACAUUUUAAACUCGAAGGAAAGAUGCAUUUUGAUGCACAAAUCGUUCUCGCAUAUCUCAUUAUAUUUCGAAAAUUGUUUUAUGUAACUCUCACAGAAUACAACGCAGAAUGAUUUUACCAGUAAUCAUUAUUAUCAAGAGAAAAGUAAGUUUAAUUUUAUGAAUAUCAGUGCGAUUAUUCCCCACCCUUAAAUUAGGUCCUGUACAGAAUUAAAAAAUUUUAAAGUAAUAAAUCAAGCAGCAAACUGAUAUUGGGCGUACAGUAUACGUCCAUUGAAUAGAAUCGAUUUAUGGAAAGCGAAUAAAGUUGAAUUUUCAUAUGUAGGUGAGAAACACACGACGUAUCAAAGUUCUGACUGUUACGCCUAUUAUAUCUAGAUGAGUUUACUAUGUAUGUUCGGAUAUGCAUGCGUGUAAUAAGAUUGACACGCUUCGCUCAAUCGAAGUCACCGAAACACUUUACUACCGUCGCGCGUGCGAUGUUUUAUCGAAUCAGUUGCGUUUUAUUAUUCAUACACUUCUCCCUCUUACCCUAAGUCAUGUGCCUAACAAACGAAUGUGGGACAUAUUCAUGUAUAAGAGUGAGAAAGGGGAAUUAUUAGUCUUACAAAAAAUGUUUUGUACAUUUUUGUAACACUUACAAUUCCUACCGAGGCAACACACUCUAAAUCUUUUGGAAGCGUUGUUCCUUUAUGACGAUCUUUCAAAUGUCUUUGGAAUCUUUGUGUUGCUUGGGUAAUAGCUUUAUCACAAAGAAAAUGCGAUGUACUCCAUGAUCAUUAACAUUCGACUAAUUAUUAUCGCGGUGUUUCUUGAGAUUGUUGCCGCUGUAACAUUUUCUCUUUUUCUUUUUCUUUUUUUUUCUUUUUUUUUUUUUACUUGAUAUUUUACUCAAUUUUAUGUAUUUGCGCAAUCAAUUUUUGUUUUGUUUUUUAUUAAUUAAUCUUCGUCGAUUUCUGUUAAUUUGAUAUGCGACCGACAUUCUUGAUCAUGGCGCAAUGUUAUCCCCACUGUGCAAUGCGAACCAAUGUAUGUUUCUGUUGUAUAGAGCACAUUGCUUCCGCUAGUCCCUAAAGUUAAAUAAAUGCAAGACAUACGAAAAAA